ACAAAAAUGGCGGCAGGCACCUGCCGCCGAACGAGACGAGGGCGGGAUUUUGUGUAAAUUCCGUGAAAGAUGAAGAAACCCCGGCUCACCAGAUGACAAAGGAGUAGUGGCCAAUUCUAAAAAGAUGAUUGGCCGACGCUGCGCUGUUUUCGCCCUGGGCGGGCUUUUGAUUCUCGUUCUCACAGUCAACAUUUACUUUAUUCGAAUGAUUGUCGAAAGCUCGCCAGGGAAACCGAAUUCAAAAAACUUGCCCGUCAUUGAGCCUAAAAUGAAUAAGGUAGAUUUUUCUACAAAGCCUAGCGAAAAUAUCGAGCGCUUUCAGAAAUCGAUUACGCGAGACAUGGAGAAGAAAAUUAAAGCAGAAAUGCGAACAUUGCCCUCGAAAUAUUUUAAACAAAAUGCUAGUUACGCAAUUCUUUUGGAUAGAUUGCUCAUCGAGCUUAGAACAAUGCCAAAUGCGCGAGAUGAUAUUUGGAACAUUCCGAAUAAUAAUUGGCCAGACGCACAUUGUUUAAUUCCACCUGCAGCUCCAGAACUUGGGACAAUCCUUGAUGCCUUGAGGAAGGCGAAAGUGACGAGAGCUGACAAUGCAGCUCUGGGAACGCAGCUAAAGCUAAUGUUGACUCUGGAGCACGGGAUCAGAGCUCUCUUUAAGCCAAAAUGGUAUUCUAGAAACACUGUAAUAGAAGGACCAGUAUAUUAUGGAAAAGACAGGCAUAAUGCAGAAAUUGUAGCAUUUCACUUAUCAUCUCUACUUGCUUUAAGACGAGUACCUAUAACGGUCGCGAGGAAAUUGAACCUGAGAGAAGAAGUCAGUAAACAUGCGACUUCUGAACUUUAUGCAACCAUAUAUCAAGAAGGCAAUGACACAUGUCUUUAUGGGGUCUGUCAUUAUUGUUCCCCUGGCGAUCCAGUUUGUGGGUCAGGUGAGAUUUUAGAAGGGACUCUUAUACUCUGGUUACCAUCAUACCUAAAAUUAGUUAAGCAUCGACAUCCCUGGCAAAGAACAUAUAGGAAAAACCGUCUUGCUUUGUGGGAAGCUGAUUCUAAUUACUGCGAAAAGGUGAAAGAAUUCAAGGCCUAUGCUCCCCAGUCAUCAAGCAGACUCUUAGAUUUAGUGGAUACAGCAAUUUUCGAUUUCUUAAUGGAUAAUGGCGAUCGACAUCAUUAUGAACUUAUGCAGAAUAAUUUUCACAAUCCCGCAGUUUUGCUAAUCGAUAACGGAAAGAGCCUUGGAAAUCCGAAUGUCGAUCAUUUCGAUAUUCUGGCUCCACUUUAUCAAUGCUGCAUGAUACACAAAACCACCUGGGAUCGUUUAAAACUGUUGAGCGGUGGAUCCUUGAGUAUUUCACUAGCAAAACUCUUAUCUCACGAAGAAGCAAUGUCUGAUAUUGAACCCCUAAUUACUGUCGAGCACUUGAGUGCCAUGGAUCGAAGGCUGCUUACUAUUUAUUCCGUUGUAGAGUUCUGCAUUCGGCAGAAAAAAUACACGUCAAACGUCAUUCUAGAUCAUCGUUAGUAAAAGAAUUUUCACCUCUUUACAUGUAAAAAUCUGUUUUCAUUUGCUCUCAAAUCAAUAUAACUGACUCUAGUUUAAAGUAAUCCCAUAAAUUAAGUAUCGUACAAGUGUGUAGACAAGUGUGACAAUAAUUGUGCGAUAACUGAAUAAAAAGUUUUGGACAAAAAUUACAUUAAGCUUAAAAAACUAUGGUGCUUUCUACGGGACCUGAGAGUGAGGUUAAACUUUUUCAAUCCCGUUUAUAUUAUAAUUUGAUAAGAAAUGUUGGUUAUAUUGAUGCUAAUCCUAAUUGGUAAAUAUUUAUUAUUGUAAAACUAAGAAAACUUGCGAUCGCAAAAGAUGCGUAUAAAUAUUGCUACAAUUAAUGAGUACUGGUUAAGUGAAUAAAUGAAAUACGAUAUUAUAUA